UCGCCGCGGGGCGGCGGUUCUCGGCGCUCGGGGGCAAGAUGCUGGCGCUCAGAUGGUGUACUGUAAGGAAGGCUCCUUCACUUCUGGCUAGGGCACUGACAUCCAUGACUAAUGGCUUCCAGUCUCCUCCAGACAUGUUUGAAGGACACUUACCCAUUCAUGUGAAUAAUGUGCGAAGCAGAUUGAGUGCUAUAGUGGGAGCUUCUACCAACUGGAGUGACCAUGUGCAAGCAAUGCAUGAAAGAAAAGACCUACAUAUUCUAUUGGCCAAACAGCAGGAAGACUUGCCACCUAGGAAAAUGAGUGAUAGCUACAUAGAGGUUAUUUUACCUCUAGGAAGUCAACCUGAAUUAAGAGAAAAAUAUCUGAAUGUACAUAAUAGUGUGAGGUUUGGAAGAAUUCUUGAAGAUCUUGACAGCUUAGGAGUUCUCAUUUGUUACACUCACACGAAACAUGAAGUUUCUCAGAGAUCUCCUUUGUCAAUAGUUACAGCCCUGGUGGAUAAAAUUGAUUUGUGCAAGAAGGUCAUAUACCCAGAUUGUGAUAUCAAAUUCACUGGAAGUGUUUCUUGGGUUGGGAAGACCUCAAUGGAAGUGAAGAUGCACAUGCUUCAGGCUGGGUUACAUGAUGGUACUUACAGCCCUGUGUUAGAUGCAACCUUUGUCAUGGUGGCCCGUGAUCCAGAAAACAAGAGGUCAGCAUUUGUUAAUCCAUUAAUUCCUGAGGGUCCAGAGGAGGAAGAAAUCUUCAGGAAAGGAGAAUUGAACAAGAUAAGGAGGGUUGAUUUCAGCACUGCAUCCUUACUGAAAAUGGCUCCCACUGCAGAAGAAAGAACCAUUGUUCAUAACAUAUUCCUUAAUACACUGGACACAAGGACUGUAAGUUUUCGGAGUCGUGUGCUACCACCCAAUUCAGUAUGGAUGGAAGAUGCAAAACUUAAGGGCUUGGAGAUCUGCCAUCCUCAGAAGCGAAACAUUUUCAAUAGAAUCUUCGGGGGGUUUCUCAUGAGGAAAGCAUUUGAGCUGGGAUGGGCUACUGCCUGCAGCUAUGGAGGUUCCAGACCUUAUGUAGUAGCUGUAGAUGAUAUCAUGUUUCAAAGACCAGUUGAGAUUGGAUCCCUAUUACUGCUUUCUGCACAGGUUUGUUAUACAGAAGAAAACUAUAUCCAGAUUAGAGUACACAGUGAGGUUUAUGAUUCAGAUACCAGAGAGCACAAGACAACCAACAUCUUCCAUUUCACUUUUAUGUCAGAAAGAGAGGUACCACAGAUUGUCCCAAAAACAUAUGGUGAGUCCAUGUUGUAUUUAGAUGGGAAGCGGCACUUCAGUGCCACCACGAAAGAAACCAGAGAAGUGGAGAAAACUACUGCAGCACCAUAGCAAAUGCUUAGCUUUGGAG